UGGAUGAGAGUAUUACCGAGUAUUGCACUCUGACCAGCCAUAAUGAUCGAUAUAAAAAUGACAAAUAUUUGUUGAAUGAGCCUUUGAAUGCGGUGAAAAUGUUUGAUGUUUGGGCAAUGAAUCAGGAAAAAGGUUACUGAUAUGACCUUAUUAUUCAAACCCAGCGAUGGGCUUACGUAUUUAAAGACUGCUUGCUCACCCAAGCAGCGAUCAUAACCAAAGACGAUACACUCACUGACACUCGCCUACAAGUGGAACUAACUUAUAAGAAUCAUGUCAAAAUCUCUCAAUAUGUGUGCUUCUAUCUUAGCAAUAAUUUAUAUUCUUUCGGUCGUCGAUUUGACGUUUUGUGACCAAGUUCAUCGUAUUCUUGAUUGCCAUAAGAGUAAAUAUGGUUGUUGUCCAGAUGGUGUCACUGACGCUUUAGGUUGGAACAAGGAAGGAUGUUCGUCUCUUCUCUGUUACGACAAAGACAAACUGUGCAAAGAAAUGAAAGCUAAUGGAGACUGCGAAGCUAUUGAUAAAUGGUCCGAAAUGAGCGAGUUGUGCCCCAAGUCUUGUGGAAGAUGUAAAAACCAAGGAAAGGCUGCCUCCCCUCCAGCAUGUUACAAGUCUAAAUAUGGAUGCUGUUAUGAUGGCGUUACACCAGCCGUCAGCGAUGACAAGAGGCCAGGUGUUGGAUGUCCUUUUUGUAAAGAUAGAUAUCCCCACGCAUGCAAACAGUUUGGCCAUCGUUUCUGGUGUCUGGGUAAAUUUCCAAGACCUCGGUUCUUCCUCAGUCAUUAUUGCUUCAGGCAAUGCGGCUUCUGUAAAAAUUUCAAGGAAAUGGUCUUACCAAAAGAGAAAAAAGAUUGGAGAAAAGAAUUUUACUGAACUCCGACCAAAGACGAAUAUUCUCAAAUCUACACAAGCAAAUAAAACAGAAAAAGCGAAGACCAGUCGGUUUUAUUGACCUGUUUUUCGAGCAGGUUGGAAACGUAAUCGGAUCGUGACACUCAAAAAUGGCUUCCGCUAGCUCUGAGCCGCAAUGAAAAAUCAAGAAAACGCGCCCAGUCCAAUCGCAAUGCAUGAGCUUAGAACCCAUUUAGAGAGUCAUUUACUUUAAUGUCGAAGCUUCUGGAAUCAAGGAGAUACGCAUUACCGUGCAAAUUUAAUAUCCACUAAAGGACCAAAUUUACCCUAUACAUUCAGAGGGUUUUUUUCCGUUUUAGCUAUAAGCCUAUUGUUCAGCAUUACAAAGGGGAAGAAAAACAACCGGCUGCUCGCAGGGUAGAUCAAAUUAUUAUUAGAAAUUAAAUUGUAUGUAUUGGCUUAAAGAACUGAAAAAGAAAUUGAAAUAAUAGAUAUGAAAGGCAUAACACUCUAAAGGUAUUAUUAAUAGUUUUGUCAUAUAUUCAAAUGUGAGAUAAUGAUGUAUAAGAACACACUGCAUGGGGCACAAGUUUCAUCUGCUUAUUUAUACGCUACUAUAUAUUUACAUAUCAAGUUCGAACUUAACUGAUGUAACUUCCGUGCAAUUUAGAUUACUCAUUCAAUCAGGUAGCAGUUUAGGAAUGAUACUAUGGGUUUUAAAUGUAAGGCUAUACAAAGAAAUAUAACAGCGGCCAUUGAUUAUUACUAACGUUUCCUACACUUCAAAGACCGUUCAUUUUUUACGGGCAUGGUUAAGGAAGGGGUCAUGCAUUUUGUACUUCCAAUUCUCAAAAUCCCKCCAGUCAUGCCCGUAAGAAAAUGAACAGUCCCUUAUUUAUAAGUUAAGCUGUUCAAUGAAAAGGAGGAUUUUUACUGUUAUAUAACAGCUGAAACUGUAUUAUUCUGUAUUAUCCUUGUAAGCAUAGACAUAGUAUAUAUUUUAUAUUAGCCGGGACCGUUCAUUUCUUAUAAGUUUCUCUCAAAGUUGUGUGUAUUACUAACGUUUCCUACACUUCAAAGACCGUUCAUUUUUUACGGGCAUGGUUAAGGAAGGGGUCAUGCAUUUUGUACUUCCAAUUCUCAAAAUCCCUCCAGUCAUGCCCGUAAGAAAAUGAACAGUCCCUUAUUUAUAAGUUAAGCUGUUCAAUGAAAAGGAGGAUUUUUACUGUUAUAUAACAGCUGAAACUGUAUUAUUCUGUAUUAUCCUUGUAAGCAUAGACAUAGUAUAUAUUUUAUAUUAGCCGGGACCGUUCAUUUCUUAUAAGUUUCUCUCAAAGUUGUGUGUAUUUAAUAGUACUGUUAAUAAAGUUACUCUGACUA